UCAACCUCAAGAGAGACCCUGUGUCUGAACCACUAAAUUGAGCAGCUUCUAUAUUCCAGCCUCCUGAAACUGAGACACAUUUAAUUAAACCAGGCACCAAAAUGCUAACACUCCUUCCUCAAGAGAGAAAGCCUGUUUCUUUCCCUCAAAGAACUCCAUCUGCAAGCAUUAAGCAGACCAGCAUUGCUUCCUUCGCUUUGCAGCCAGGAAUGACAGAUGUUGGUAAUCAGAGAAGGGUUUUAUCUCAUACAGAAAGUCAAAUCAACAGGGAGUCCAAGAAAGACACCACUCAGCUAGACUGUUUGAUCCAGGACUCUGAGGAUGACUGCAUAGCACCGCCUCUGGCCACCUCAACCCCUGAAGACAUCCAGGAAACUGGACUUUCUCCUUGGUCCCACAAGACUUCUGGCCACCACAGUGUGAGAAGCCCACUUUUAACUCUGUCUCAACCUAAUACCCUACUCUGUGCUGAAGAAAGUAAAGCCUCACUGACUUUGUCCUUCACCCAGGACUUGGAAAGUUCUUGUUUGAUGGACCAAAAGGAUUCUUUGAGGAAAAAGGAAUGGUUUUAUGGAUCUGAGAACUAUCAGGACAUGCAGAGACACAUCAAACCAACUGGGGACAAAUGCCAUCAGCUCUUGGACAAAGCUAAAUCAGAAAGGAAAGUGUCUGCCAAAGAAAAUAGGCAGCCUUCUGUACAACUCCAAGCUUCCAGGGAAUCCUGGAGUAGAGAAAACACAAAGUCAGCGAAACAAAACCCUUGUCCUGUUUCUGUGUUUUCCUGGGGUAGUGAAAAGAAUGACAAAGAAUCCUGGAGUCAGCUUUUCACUGAAGAUUCUCAGGGCCAGCGAGUCAUUGCCCACACGAGAGCUCCUUUCCAAGAUGUAAGUAACAGCUGGUCUCAGGGCCUAGGGCAUUUUCCAACCCGCCCUCGGGCCGAGUGCCAGGCUGAGUACACACAGCUAAAUUUGCAGCCUGAUUUGCUCCUUACCCAGGACUCUGAAGGUAAUCAAGUUAUCAGGCACCAAUUUUGAAUGUUUGUAUGGGAGUUUGGUUUCUGAAAGCAUCUUGAAGUGGUGGAGAUGUAGGAAAGUAUGUCUUAGGUAAAGGUGGGGGAUUGAGGUGGGAAGGCAGCAUAGGCUUAAGCUGUUAUUAUUAAGCACUUUGUGUAAAUAAAACAGGCAGUUGCCACUGGUUGAGACAAUGUGAUUGGAACCAUGUUUUUCCCUCAGGAAGGUGGCUGGUGAAUUCCUUGAAUGAUUCUGUGAUGAGCACUGAGGAGGGCAGGACAUGAACUUGUCUCUCCGCUGAAUAGUCAGCCUGUGCAGAGAUCCCUCUGCCUUUUCAGAUGCCUGGCUGGGUCCUUGCUUCUUUUCAUCUCUUGCUUGAAAUUUUACUCAUUUGCCUAAGCUUGGAAUCAUUAUUCCUCAUGCCAUUUUGAGAGAUAAGGCAAAUUCCACAGCCCAGAUGUGUAGAGGUAGGGAUGGGAAACAGGGAGAAUAUAGUGAUAGCCUCAUUUUUUUUGUUAUUUUAUUUUUGUGGUAACUGUACAGCAUUUUAAACUUAUACAAUUUGUUUAAAUAAUCUCUCCCUUAAAAA